AUGCGUCUUACGAGCUAUGCAUCGUUCAUCUACUUGCUGUACCAUGAAAUGCAGCCUUCUAGAGGGUCACGUGGUUAUACCGGGCUGAGCCCUACCGCGCCAAGCCGCUUUGGGAGGCUCGCUUAUUGGAGGUGCGGGCGGCAGCUAAAUAUCCUUCACAUUUCAGAUAACGGUUACCCUUCUUUCUUUGUACCAUCCACCCCGACAACUCCCAAGGACGAUCGACCACCUUUCGCACUCGCCAUGCCUCCCAAGUUCGACCCCAAUGAGGUGAAGAUCAUUCACCUGAGAGUGACUGGUGGUGAGGUCGGAGCCCAGUCUGCUCUGGCUCCCAAGAUCGGUCCCCUCGGUCUGUCUCCCAAGAAGAUUGGUGAAGACAUCGCCAAGAACACUGGCGACUGGAAGGGUCUCCGUGUCACCGUCAGACUCACCAUCCAGAACCGUCAGGCCGCGGUCUCCGUUGUGCCCUCCGCCUCUUCCCUGGUCAUCAAGGCCCUCAAGGAGCCCCCGCGUGACCGCAAGAAGGAGAAGAACAUCAAGCACAACAAGUCCAUCCCUCUCGAUGAGAUUGUUGAGAUUGCCCGCCAGAUGCGCCACCGCUCUCUGGCUAAGGAGCUCAAGGGUACCGUCCUCGAGAUCCUCGGUACCGCCUUCUCCGUCGGUUGCCAGGUCGAUGGCCGCAGCCCCAAGGAUGUCUCCGACGACAUCAAGGCUGGCGAGAUUGACGUCCCCUCCGAGUAA